CCAGCGUACACCGAAAGCCGCGUGGUAGGCGGGGUUACGGCUCGAUAUUAAAUAGAGCAUGCACCCGUUGGACAACACAACCUCUAACUGUUUCUGGGUAAAAGCUGUACAGUCCUUUCAUCAUGGCACUGGCAGGAGUGAGGGUUAUUGAGCUGGCGGGUCUGGCUCCAGCACCAUUCUGUGGCAUGAUCCUGGCAGACUUCGGAGCCAAGGUGAUUCGAGUGGACCGGACCAAGGUUGCCACAACUGUGGACACACAGGCCCGGGGAAAACGGUCUGUGGCCAUCAACCUGAAGACCACCGAGGGUGUAGGCCUGCUCAGGAAGCUCUGUGUCCAGUCUGAUGUGCUCCUGGAGCCUUAUCGUAAAGGUGUGAUGGAGAAGCUGGGCCUCAGUCCGAAGGAGCUGUUAAUGGAAAAUCCUCGCCUAAUUUACGCUCGGUUGACGGGGUACGGACAGAGCGGACCUUAUGCUACUGCAGCAGGACAUGACAUCAAUUACCUUGCCAUGUCAGGCCUUUUAUCCUGACUGGGUCGCAGUGGAGAGAAACCCUACGCUCCAUUGAACCUGUUAGCAGACUUUGCAGGUGGUAGUCUUACCUGUGCCCUGGGGAUAGUCCUAGCGCUGCUGGAGAGGACAAAGUCAGGGAAAGGACAAAUCAUUGAUGCUAGCAUGGUGGAAGGAGCAGCCUAUAUGGGUUCAUUUCUUUGGAAGUCACAUUGUCUCGGUUUGUGGGACCGUCCUAGGGGCGAGAACAUGCUGGACAGUGGGGCACCCUUCUAUGAUACCUACCAGACUUCAGAUGGAAAGUACAUGGCUGUGGGCGCUCUGGAGCCACAGUUCUAUAGACAACUACUUAAAGGCUUAGAGUUGGACAUCCAGGAGCUGCCCCCUCAGAUGAGCUUCAGUGACUGGCCACAGCUGAAGCGGCUCUUUACAGAGCGUUUUGCCACCAAAACCCAGGCAGACUGGUCAAGGAUUUUUGAUGGGACUGAUGCCUGCGUUACACCUGUGUUGUCUUUCAACCAGGUGAGCUCACACCCACAUAACCAGGAAAGAGCUUCUUUCAUGAGGGACUCCAGUGGGGAAGAGAGCCCCCGGCCUGCCCCGGUUCUCUCUCGGACUCCUGCGGAGCCUUGCCUCACCUCCGAUCCUGUUAUUGGAGAAAACACAGUUGAGGUCCUAGAGGAGUACGGCUUUACAUCAGCAGAGAUAGACCAGAUGCUAGCAGCAGGGGUCAUAGAGUGUAAUGCUGUCAAGGCAAAACUGUAGAGGAGUCAGAAUCUGGUUUGAAAAUUCACACCCGCUCCACCUUUCAGUGAAGAUUUGGGGCAGAACACAUUCAUGAGGUCAUAAGUUGUGCUCUGGACAUAACUGACAUUAACAACCGAUUUGGACAAACAACAAAAUAAAAUAAAACUAAUCAGUGUAACCUGUGAAGUAUUUGGUGAAACUGAUAGGAACUCCGGGCUUACCUCUGGCCAAGCAUCUUCCCUCAUUAAGUACAAUGGGACAUAAAACUCUGACGCUCACAUAACAAAGUGCAAAGAGGGGUUACAACCAAGUGUGAUCGCUCAUUCAUGCUCAUGUUGACUGAAGAAAAAAUAGACUGAGCCUCACUCCAACAGUGGGCAGGACACUGCUGUUCUGCUGGGACUGACAGUUAAUGGCUGUGCUAUAAAUUAACAGUAUGAACGAUCACAAGAGAUUCAAGGGAAUACAUCAGCCUUGUGGUAAAUUCAUGCAGUCUUUGCACUGCCACCAGAAACCGUCCCUUCUCAGGCCAGCUGGCCAGCUGUUGGCCCGAGCUGCCUGGACCCAUGACGCAUCAUGGUGUCUUCUUCUGUGAGACAAGAACAGACAUCAACAGCAGGUGCACAACAGAGCAAACAUGAUUUGACAAACAUAGCUGCAGUACUGGCUUCCUUUUAUUUUUUUCAUUAUGUGCUACCAUCUCCUGUUGUCGCUCUCUUUUUUUUUUUUUUUUUUUAAAGGGCGCUGGUCUCUCUCACUCUGGCUAACACACUUCCUGUUGUUUUCUCUCUGCCAAUCAUAAUGUAGUGAGGCAGAUAGCUGGGUUGAAGGCAAAGUAGCAUGCUUUGAGACUUGCUUCUGAGCAGGGCCAUAUACGUAUCUCACUUGUCAGCUCGGUUUCAGCCCGGGCAUGGCCUGUGUCCAAGACAGUCGAAACAUGUGAACCCUGGUACGGAACGGGUCCUGGUGACUGUGCAAAGAUAGUAUUGGUCUAAGUAUCUGGCCCGGUUCCAUACCCAAAGUCCAUUGAACAGUGGAAAGUGAGCUAUCGUGAGCCAGUUACUUUGUGCCCACUUAUUGCGCGACAAAGACACAGCAGCCAGAGUUGCGUCUCAAGGGGCAAUGUUAAUCCUAAUGUAUGUUACAGAGCAUGUUUUCAACAAGAUCUGUUACCAUUCUCUGGAUCACUGUCAUCUCAGUAACUGAGAUCAGCUGGCUUCAUGGGGUAAAGCCACGCCUCUUCUUGCUUUGCAUGUACCUAUAUCACCGAAAGCAACAACAGAAGCCAGUGGAGACAUAUUAAAGGAUUCCAAUACUUUGUAUCCAUGAGACAAUGCUAGACGUGACAUCGAUGAAUGAGAAAUAAUUUACCAAUAUUAUUGUAAAGAGCCCAGCACAGAGCAACACAGUCCCAGCUGGUUGAUGGUACAAUCUGCUCAGGCCAGCUCUGAAAGAAAUAAAGAAUUAAUUAUCAACCAUUUUUUGUCCUGUAACUUCUAACAACAAUGGUCAAUAGUGAACUUCAUGUCCCACUGUGGCUAUGUUUGAAAAUAUCUAUAGCAGGUAUACUGUACAACAACCCCUUGAUUAACAACAUAUGACUGUGGCACUUUAUUCCCAGUACAACAUGAACUUUGUCAGUUAUUCUAUUAAUCAUUCACCAACUUUUGGUAGAAUUUAUGAUAUUUUAGUAAUAUCCUGCGACAUGUUUAUACAGAGCUUCAACUGUUAACAG